AUAUACUUUAUAACAAUAAUUAAGAUGGCGGGAACGAAGUUUUGUGGUUCUACUUCGAGAUUACUUCUGCUGAGUGUUCCGGCUUUCAUUAUGCUAAGUGGAGCCGUAGUAACGGAGAAGACUCGGAGCUGCUAUUGGUGUGGGCCACUGGCUGAGCAAGUGCAUCGAAGCCAGCGCGCUCCACCAUGCGAGGCAAUUGAUAAUCAAGUCACCGUCUGCGAUCCCGACUUUCCAUAUUGUGCAGUGAUAGCUACUUCGCCACCAUAUGUCGAGUCAAGACUCUGCGUCAAACUCUACCAAGAUGAAUGCUAUCCACUUUUCUGCAAUUCAACUAAGACAUGGAAAAUGACUUGUCCGUGUCGCGGCGAAUUAUGUAACGGUCAUAACACCGAAAGAGAAGACGAAGCUUUUGCCAUUCUCGCAAAACUAGUCACUAAGACUAGAACUACCCGGAUUAAGAAACGAACGCAACAAAGCACGGCUAAAUUCAUACCAUCAGGAGAUGUAAAAACUUUAAUCGUCACAAACAUAUCUGUUAUAGAAAAUAAUGAGAUGAAUAAUAAUUUAGACAACAAUAUAACAGGUAACGUACAAGUGACUGAAAUAAUGUUAUCAGAUGAACCUAUUCUUCAAGAUAUGAAAAGGGAGGAUGUACCUUCAUCGGAAAUGUCAUCUACUUUAGACGGAAUUAAAGAAAUUGACAGAACAACAUCUACUCUUAAUAAUUCGGACGAUAAUAAUAUAAACACAUCGCCAGCAUCAAAAGAUGUUACGACUGCAACCGAAAUAACGAAAACUGAAAAGAUGGUUGAUAAUAUUGUGAAACCGAGUGAAGAGUUACCUGCGGCUGAGGCAUUACAGCAAAAUACAACCCCUAAAGGUUCUAGUGAAAAAACAACAUUACCGACUACUUCGAGCUACGAAACAACUUAUCAAACUACAACUGAUGGUGAUCCAGAGACCACAACGAUGAAUAAUGAAAAGAAAAAAAACGGAGGAAACAAAGCAUAUAUUAAUAUAUAUAUUAUUUUCCUAACAUUUAUUCCGUUACAUAUUUACAAAUAUUCGUCGUCAUAUUUGCACUAGAUAAUUUUACGCUUUAAUACAAAAUGUUGAUCUCUGAAUUUAGUUUUAAAUUGUAAUUAAUGCAAGAAACGUAAGUAGAUUUGUGAUAUUAUUUUUUUGUUAAAUUGUCACAGCAUAUUUUAACACAAAUAAAAAUGCAAUGUAAUUU